GGAAAUAGGAAAUAGAUAGAGUUGUGAUAGUGAAACACCACCAACAAACUUAACCCUUUAAAACCCAUCACCACCACCCACACAAAUUUGUAACACUUCAAACUAAAUAAUAUCAACCAUGUUAGGCUUCACUUCACAGAUUCCCAUUGUUUGGCUACUGCUAUUAUUGCUAUCUACAACAAUAUUUGAAAGGUGCAAUAGUAGCAAUACACAACUUGGGAUUAGUAACUGCAAUGAGAAGGAUCGUUCUGCAUUGCUGCUCUUCAAACUUGGUGUGGAGAAUCAUUCCUCCAACAAGCUUUCCUCUUGGUCCAUUAAUGAAAAAAAUUGUUGUUCAUGGAAAGGAGUUCAAUGUGACAACAUCACAGGUAGAGUUACAACACUUGAUCUACACCAACAAUACUUGGAAGGUGAAAUCAACUUGCAGUCUUUGUUUCAAAUUGAAUUUUUGACCUACUUAGACUUAAGCUUGAAUGGCUUUACAACUCUAAGUAGUUUCAACCAAUCAAAUGAUCAUAAUAAUAAUAAUUUGUCUAAUAUUCAGUACCUAGACUUAUCCUUUAACGAUGAUCUUCACUUGGAUAAUCUUCAUUGGCUUUCCAAAUUUUCUUCACUCAAAUCUCUAAACCUUAGUCAAAUUAAUCUUCAAAACCAAACAAACUGGCUUCAGUCCAUAGAUAUGUUGCAUGUAUCAUUGUUAGAACUGAGAUUAUCAAGUUGUCAUUUGACCGAUAUCUUUGCAUCCGUUAAGCAUGUGAGUUUUACUAAUUCACUUGCAACUCUUGAUCUCUCAGCAAACCAUUUCGAUUCUGAAUUACCUGCUUGGUUGUUUGAACACGGCAACGAUAUGAAUAUCUCCCAUAUUGACCUUAGCUUCAAUUUUUUAAAAGGACAAAUACCAAAGAGCUUGUUAAGUCUUCGAAAACUUGAAACUUUAAGGUUGAGUAACAAUGAACUAAAUGAAUCUAUUCCUGAUUGGUUAGGGCAACAUGAAAAUUUAAAAUACCUUGGUCUAGCUGAGAACAUGUUUCGCGGUUCUAUCCCUUCAUCUCUUGGAAAACUCUCUUCCUUGGUUGACUUAAGUGUUAGCUCCGAUUUUCUGACCGGUAAUAUUCCAACCAGCAUUGGAAAACUCUUUAAUUUGAAGAGUUUGGUCAUUGGAGGAAGUUCCUUGUCAGGUGUUCUAUCUGAAAUACAUUUUUCCAAUCUCUCUAGUUUAGAAACAUUGGUCUUGAGUGCACCGAUUUCAUUUGAUAUGGAUUCUAAAUGGAUUCCUCCAUUUCAAUUGAACGGGAUAAGUUUAAGCAAUACAAUUCUAGGUCCUAAGUUUCCAACAUGGAUAUAUACACAAAGGUCACUAGAAUAUCUUGAGAUUCCUAACUCUAGAGUUUCAUCCAUAGAUGGAGACAUAUUUUGGAGAUUUGUAACUAAUAUUACACACCUUAACUUGUCUAACAACAGCAUGAGUGCAGACUUAUCAAAUGUCACGCUAAACUCGGAACUUCUAUUUAUGGACCACAAUAAUUUCAGAGGAGGGCUCCCACAUAUAUCAGCAAAUGUCAUCUAUUUGGAUUUGUCACACAAUUCUUUCUUUGGAACCAUUUCCCCUAUGUUCUGCCACAGAUUAGGUAGGGAAAAUAGUUUGGAUUAUUUGGACAUUUCAUUCAAUCUUUUAACCGGAGAAAUUCCUGAUUGUUGGGAGUAUUGGAAAGGCUUAUCUUUCCUUUUCAUGGAAAGUAAUAUGCUAACUGGUGAAGUUCCUCCAUCCAUGGACUUGUUUAUCGAUCUCAUAAUACUGGAUUUGCAUAACAACAGCUUGUCUGGUAAUUUUUCAUUGGACCUAUCUAACAUAACAAAUUUGCAAUUCAUUAAUAUUGGAGAAAACAAUUUCUCUGGAACCGUACCAGUGAAGAUGCCACGUAGUAUGGAGGUGAUGAUAUUGAGAUCAAACCAGUUUGAAGGUAACAUUCCACCACAACUGUGCAAUUUCUCAUCACUGAUACAAUUGGAUCUUUCCCACAAUAAACUUUCAGGGUCUAUUCCCAAAUGCAUAAGUAACAUCACUGGCAUGGGUGGAGCAAAGAAAACGAGUCAUUAUCCAUUUGAGUUCAAAUUGUAUACAAAAGGGCGAGACUUAGAGUAUUAUGACUAUGGACUGUUGAGAACUCUUGACCUUUCAGCUAACAACUUAUCAGGUGAAAUCCCCUCACAAGUUUUCAAUCUAGUUCAACUCAAGUCAUUGAACUUGUCUCGAAAUCAUUUCACAGGAAAGAUACCAAGAGACAUCGGAGACAUGAAAAACUUGGAAUCUCUUGAUCUAUCCGACAAUAAACUUGUUGGAGGAAUUCCUGUUACCACAUCAACUUUGUCCUUCUUGAGUUUCUUGAAUCUGUCAAACAAUUACCUUGUUGGGCAAAUCCCAGUUGGGACUCAACUUCAAAGUUUUGAUGCUUCCUACUAUGUUGGGAAUCCUGGACUUUGUGGAGCUCCUCUACCAAUAUGUGAUCAUGGGUCAUACCUACAUGGAGGACACAAUGAUAUUGAUAAUGAUGAGAAUUCUUUUACACAAUCACUCUACUUUGGGUUGGGUGUUGGAUUUGCAGUGGGUUUCUGGUGUAUUUGUGGUCCUCUAUUCCUCAACAGCGCUUGGAGGCACACUUAUUUUCGGUUCCUUAAUAAUGUGUUUGUGGUUGUGGGAUUUUCCAACUGAGGUCCAAGACAGAGUGCAUCCAUAAUUUGCUGAAAAGAUAGGAAGAAAGUUAAAUGACACUAAAAUUUAGGGUAGACCAGAAUCAAAAUAGAAGAAGCAGAUUGAAUAGGACCUUCCUCAAGUGGUUGCUGCAUUUAUUUACGUUAUGUAUUGCUUGCUAUAUUAUGUAAUCAAUAUGAUUAUGAUGAUAUACGUAUUUUUACACAAAAGUCUAGAAAUGUAAUGCGACAGUAGCAAGAUUAACACAUAAUUGAAGUGCUUCAUUUCAUUUCA